AAUUUUUUUUUGUUGUUUUACAAGAUUUCAGGUUUAAUUGUUUUUUAAAUAUAUAGUCAUACUAAAAUGAGUGACCGUAACCGUAAUAACCUGCCCAAUAAUCUAGCCCAGUUGCAAAAUCUUAUAAAGCGCAAUCCUGAUUUGUAUAAAGAGGAGUUUAUUCAACAGUGGCGGCAUUUUCAGUCAAACUUGGAUGUUUUCAAGUUAAAUCCAUCUACUCCUUCUGAGUCUGUUGCUGAAACUGCUAUGUUUAUUGCCCAGGUUGGUAACUGUUAUCCUGAAGAAAUAGCUGACUUGCCUAUGCACUUAGUGGAUAUCUUGUCACAGCAUUAUUCUGUAAUGAAUUCUGAACUUCGAAUGACCUUGUGCAAGGCUUUAGUGUUACUUCGCAAUAAAAAUAUGGUCCCCCCACUUCAAGUUCUGCAGUUAUUUUUUAAGUUACUUAAAGCUAAAGAUAAACUUUUGCGCAAGACACUAUAUAAUCAUAUAGUCGGAGAUAUCAAGCGAGUUAACGCAAAAAAUAAAAAUAACAAAAUUAAUACUUCUCUACAAAAUUAUAUGUUUUCUAUACUGAAAGACAAUAGUGUUGUAGCUGCAAAAAUGUCUGUUGACAUUCUCAUUGAGUUAUAUAGAAAAAACAUUUGGAAUGAUGCAAAAACUGUAAAUGUAUUAGUGACUGCAUGCCAUUCCAAAGCUAAUAAAGUCAAGGUUGCGGCAUUAAAAUUUUUUUUAGGUAGUGAUACACCAGAAAAUGUUAAGGAUGAUAGUGAUUCAGAUAGCGAAGAUAAUGAAACCAAGGCAAAGAAAUUGAUUUAUGCAGGAACAAUCAGUAAAAAAACAGCAAAAAAAAGUCGUAAAUUAGAGAAAGCAUUGUCUUUAUUAAGGAAGUCAAAAAAAAAGAAAAAACCUGUUUCUUUUAAUUUCUCUGCUAUCCAUCUUAUCAAUGAUCCACAAGGAUUUGCAGAAACUUUAUUCAAGUCUGUGGAGCAAUCUACAGAUUUGUUUGAGGUUAAGUUAAUGGUGAUGAACCUUAUUGCAAGGCUUAUCGGAAUACACGAGUUAAUAGUACUGAACUUUUAUCCAUUUUUGCAACGCUUCUUGCAACCACAUCAACGUGAAGUGACUAAGUUGUUAAUGUUUGCUGCUCAAUCUUCUCAUGAAAUGGUUCCUCCUGAUGUAAUUGAACCUGUUCUUAUGACAAUAGCAAAUAAUUUUGUUUCUGAAAAAAAUAAUAAUGAGGUAAUGGCUGUUGGUCUAAAUGCAAUUAGAGAAAUAUGUGCGCGAUGUCCAUUAUCGAUGAGUGACAAUCUCUUACAGGAUCUUGUGCAGUACAAAACAUGUAAGAGUAAAACUGUGAUGAUGGCGGCCCGAUCUCUAUUGCAACUUUAUCGGAAUGUUGAUCCUACUUUGUUAAGAAAGAAAGAUAGAGGUAGACCAUCUAAAAGCACAUCAACCUUAAAUGAGCAUCCUGCAAAAGAGUUUGGUAGUUUAGAACCUGUUUCUUUUGUUCCUGGUGCAGAGAUACUUGAAUUAACAAAAGAUAGUGAAGUAGAUCAUGAGAAUAAUACAGAUGAUGACGAAUGGGAAGAAGCUAGUGAAGAUGAAGAAGAUGAAAAUGAAGAUGAAGAAGAUUGGAUUGAUGUAUCUCACUCUGAAGAAGAAAAAGAUGAAAAUGAAGAAGUGUCUGAUGAUGAAGCAAUUGCUGCCGACAAUGAAAAGAAAGCAGAAAUGGUAAGCACAACCAGAAUUCUGACAGACGAAGACUUUAAAAAAAUACAAGAACAAAGUCUUUCAGAAAAAUUACAUGGCACAAAACGUAAAGCUCAAUUCAAUAGUGAUAAGUCUGACAUCAUUGAUUUGGCCCAAAUAGAAAAUGUGCACAAGAAAAUGUGCCACGAUAAACAAUCAAGGCUUGCUACCGUAUUGGCUGGUAGAGAAGGUCGCGAAAGCUACAGCAAAGUAAAGCCUAAACGACUCAACGAACACGCAAGCACGACAAAUAAAGAAAAAGUCAAAUCGAAACCUUUCAUGAUGAUCACUCAUGGUAGAAAUGCAAGAAGUAAAGUAAAAAAAUCUUUUCGUGAAAAACAAAUCUCUUUACGUGAUUCGCUCUUGAAACGCGAAGGUAAACUGGGAAACAGAAGAAAGCGAUAAAUUUUAUGUUCUUUUAUUGAAAAAUGCGAUCGAAUGA